CCUCAGCUAGACGGUGGAAGCUUCGGGCAGAGACAUUGUUGACGUUUUGUUUUGAUCGCUUUUGUCUGGAUUUUUGGACGUUUCUCCGACGUUAUCCGCUGAUUUAGAAGCCCGCAUUUCGACUCGACCAUCACGCCUCAGUGCGGGGAUCCAGCAAAGAUGAAAUGGAUGUUUAAAGAGGACCAUUCCCUCGAGCACCGAUGUGUGGAGUCAGCCAAAAUACGCAACAAAUAUCCUGACAGAGUACCGGUGAUAGUGGAGAAGGUUUCUGGCUCUCAGAUAGUGGACAUUGAUAAGAGGAAGUACCUGGUGCCCUCUGACAUCACAGUGGCCCAGUUCAUGUGGAUCAUCAGGAAACGCAUCCAGCUGCCUUCAGAGAAAGCCAUCUUCCUCUUCGUCGACAAAACUGUCCCCCAGUCCAGUCUGACUAUGGGCCAACUGUACGACAAGGAGAAGGAUGAGGACGGCUUUCUGUACGUGGCCUACAGCGGAGAAAACACCUUCGGUUACGAGGCCUUUUAUACAACACGGGGUUAAUGCUUCACUGAAUUCCAGUGUCUCUCUCUCACUCUCACACACACACACACACACACACACACACAGAGCAGGGCCUGACAUAUAGUGGUGUACAAUCUUUCAGACAUUGGUCUUUACAUGUGUUACACUAAGUAAUGCACCUACACACUUGGUACAGUCAUUUAUGGUCAAUUUUUGAUACUAGAAAACACAUUUUGGGUGAAAAUUAACUACACCAAAAUGCUACGGUGAACAAAUUACUUUGGCAGGCUCAGACGAUCAUUAGUUUUCAAGAAACGCUUGACUUUAAUGGUUGGUCUUUUUACUGUUUAAAAGUCAGUUGUAGAGAGAAUUAUCUUUAACACUGCCGUAAAAUUUGAACAAAAAUCACCACACAUUAGAGGCACGUGAGAUGUCAUUAUUUUUCCACGUAUUGACAUCUGUGUUCGAGUAAUAAUAAUAAAAAAACUCCUUUACAGUCUGGUACACACACACCAAUCAUCACACAUUACCCAGUCAUGCUAUUUUAUUUUCUUUCAGUCCAGAUCUGUUGUCACAGUUAUCUGUAUUCUGCUGAAGUGAGAAAGAAACCAUAUAAUCAUGUGACUAGAAUCAUUAACAACAUUAUGGAUGUAUCAUCAUAUAAAAACUUCAGUAACUUAAAUUCCACAGGUACACUCAGCGCUAUGAUAGGCUAUGAGAACGACUGGAAGCGUAUGAAAGAAUGCAGCUCAUGCUAUGGAGACGGUGAAUGAUGGCGCUCAGGGCCGGGGACUAGCACCACCCCCUGGGAUGUUACUGAGUGCUUCCCAGCCUGGCUGGUAUGUUUUUGCACAUUAAGUUGGCUGAAUAGAUGUGAGCGCCACCCAGGAUUCAGACUCAUGAUGCCAACAGUAAGCCAUACAAAAACAGAACAAGAAAUACAACACUUGACUUGAAGUUUAUCGGUCGUGUAUUGUACUAUUUUUAUGUUGUCAUCUGAAAAUUCAAACCACCGAAAAGGAAAACACACUCCUUUUCCUUUUCUGACAUUAGGAAUCUGUAACAUUCUGUCCAAGAGAUACUGAGUGAUGAAGUGUUGCACCUAACCCAUUCUCCCUCAGCCUGUGUUGUGCACCCUCUUAUCAGUCAGUGGUUUCCUACACUCCCCAGAAUGCCUUUAGACAACCUCAAACAUUAUGACUCAUCAAACAACGAAUGGUAUGAAAAAUGGCUGCAUUCCAUUUAGGUGUUUUGUUCUAAGUUUCUGGAACUAGUGUCAUUUAUUCAGACACACCUAAAUGGAGUCAAGCCAUUGUUCGUUUUUUCUGCUAGUCAGAAUGUCUGCAGUGAAAAAGGUUUAUUGAAAGUCAGACUCAGUCAGUUGUAUUUCUACUGAUGAUGAUAAAAUAUUGCAGUGCAUAAUAUCAUGGUCUCCAGUUAUAACACUGUGAUGCCUUAGUUCUGCCAUUGUUGGUUGGUGCAUGAUUAAUGGGAAAAUCAACCCAAACUUAAAUGACUUUUUAUUAGUUUAGCAAUGGAUCACGUGUCAUGUGAAAAGGGUCACUUGAAGUGAUCAACCCAGAGAGCCUGUUUCAGUUCAUUGUUUUGGUUUGCCGGUCCACAGUCCUCAUAUCAACCUACUAUCCCGGUGUCACAGGCAGCUGUUUUCAAUGUAAGGGUCUGAAAAACCUACAGCACACUACCUGUCUAGCAACAAACAGCAGCAGGACAAAGUUAGUGAUUAGCUGGUGACAUUAGUGGUGUAUUUUGCGGUCAAGGAGACAAACUUUUUUGUUAGUAGUACAUAAAGUCAUCAGAACACCAAUGCCACUCCAAAUAAAUUUUUGCGUUACUCUGGGUGUGUGAAUAAACAGGCGUUGCAGCCAAGUCAUGUCGUCCUUUUUAAAAAGGCAUUCUGGAAAAUCUGGAAAUCCCAUCCUGCAGCAAAGGUAGAUAAAGCGGAUCAGACAGUAAUUCAGUAUGUUCCUGGAAUGACUGUGUCAUGAGAUACACAGUAUUUGACCCUCUCCCUGCCCAUUAUAUCUUGGUUAGAAUUAGAAUUUUAGUGAUUAAACUACAUGACUGUCAGUGGAGAUGCUGGUUAAUAAAAUCAGUGAAAAUGUAUUUUAAGUGUUCAGAUUGCUUGCGAAUGAUUAAAUACGCAUUUAAUGUGCUUACAAUGAACCCUCUAUAAGGACCACAGUAAGAAUAUAUCAAUGCAAUUCAGGUCUCAUAAACUCAAGUGAAGAGUCGCUCACAUCUUUGGCUGCACAGGUUUCCGAGUUCUAAAGUCAAAGCCACUUGUUAGCUUUCCUCUCUUCACUCAGAUCACUCUGAAGCUGACAUUUUGGCUGCAGCUGUAGUCUUUGGUGCUGAAUCAGAGUAAGACUUCUGGUGUGUUUCCGCCCUUUACUUGACUCAUUCAGACAUUCAUAUUCGUGCACCACAAAGCUAAUUCAGGCUUUUAAACAUGGUAUGUAGAUGUGUAAUAUAUUGAUGGAAUGCUAUGAUAUUCAGUAUUGUGUUAUUUCAUCAGUGUUGUAUGAUUGUUAAAUAUAUCUUGAAGACAUAAAUGAAUUUUAGAUAUUUGAAAAGGGUAAGGUAGCUGGAAGACCUGACCAAUAAAAAUGAAUGUAA